GUCGCAGCUUAAUGACGCACUAAGGCGCUAUUGUGGCGCACAGUCUAUUGGAGCAUGUAGUGGUGGCUAACACAAUCAAAAAGGCAGCCUGUUACAUGAAUAUCGUCGAUUUUAUUACACUGUUGAUGGUGGGAAUACCAGCACUAAAAACGGAUUCAAUUUUGUGGAGAUUGUCUGAAGUUUCAGCGCUCAGAUGGAAGCUUAUAGAUAAUAAAGCUCCAGGAUUCACUUUUGGCUAUCCUGAGUUUCAGACUAAUUUCUCUCCGUGAUGGCAUCAGAGGAUGAAACCAAUCUGCUGGUCAUCGUCGUGGAUGUAAACCCGAUAUGGUGGGGGCAGCAAGCUCAGCGUGAACCAGAGUUCACCCUGUCCAAGUGUGUGGAUGCAGUCAUGGUGAUGGGAAACUCCCACAUGGCCAUGGCAAGGACAAACAAGCUGGCUGUCAUUGCAAGCCACUGUCAAGACAGUCACUUCGUGUUUCCCACUAAGAGCUGGAAUUGCGGGGACGGCAGUGGAGAGGAUGCAUCCUCCAGUGGGGAUGGGAAGUAUGAGCUCCUUUCAGUCGCCAAUAACCUUAUUGCUGACGAGAUUAGGAGUGUUAUGUCAAAAACUGAAGUGAGGGGGAAUUCAACUGAUACUCUGCUGGCUGGAUCUCUCGCCAAAGCUCUAUGCUAUAUUCACAGGGUGUCAAAAGAACAGGAGGUUGGACAGGAGAUAAAGUCAAGGAUAUUGGUGAUAAAAGCAGCAGAGGACUGUGCCCGCCAGUACAUGAACUUCAUGAAUGUCAUUUUUGCUGCCCAGAAGCAGAACAUCCUGAUAGAUGCCUGUGUGUUGGACUCAGACUCAGGUCUCCUUCAACAGGCUUGUGACAUAACUGGAGGAUUAUAUCUCAAGAUACCACAAAAGCUUGCAUUGGCACAGUACCUUUUGUGGGUGUUCCUGCCUGACUCGGAGCAGCGCUCACAGCUAAUGUUGCCGCCCCCUGCGCAUGUGGACUACAGAGCGGCAUGCUUCUGCCAUCGUAACCUUAUAGAGAUUGGUUAUGUGUGCUCAGUUUGUCUGUCAAUAUUCUGCAACUUCAGCCCAAUCUGCACAACCUGCGAGACUGCCUUCAAAAUUCAACUUCCACAGAUGGUCAAGCCCAAAAAGAAGAAACUUAAGCAGGCCACAUGAUGGCUGCAGGAAUCACACUGUCAUGUGGAUAUAGUUAGUUUCCUUUUGGAUACUUUUGUAUGGUUUGAAACUAGACUAAGGACAACCUAGAAAUGCCCUUGGGCAUAUGAUCAUGUUGACCAGACCAAAAAUGACUAUAUAUGUAAUCAUAGAUGUUGAGACUGUACUAAGAACUGCUUUCAGUAUAGUACUUAAUGCCAGUCUCCGUUCAAGAGCUUCAAAGUUCACCCAAAAUACCCUAGUACAAACCUUCAGUAUAUUUGUGAUUUUCAUUUUUAUGAAAUAAAAAAAACAACACGUUCUUUUCUCAGGAA